AGAUUUCACCUGUGCCGCGACGCGCCGACGACGAUGACUGCACGUCCGCACGUCCGCAGUUCUAGUUCCGCUACGGCCGACUGCGUUCUUUAGAAUAGAAAUCUUUCUGUAGUCGUACGCGGAACAUUGCUCGUUGUUCGUCCGGUUCCGAUACAGAACUCUUCUCACGUCGACAUAAAUCGUAGCAAUAUUCGCACCGAUCGACCAACGAUCCACACAACUUAGGCACCUACUUACAUCGUAAGAGAUGAACAAAAUGCUGACUUUUACGAGGGCCCUAAGCCGCCGGACCGCGUUUUUGCUCUCAGACUCGGCCGCCGUUCGCGAAAAUAGCUUUCGGUCUAUGAGUACAGUUCGCGCGCCGCCAGUCCCUUCGGUCAUAACUGGUACGGCCGUCAGCAAGGACGAGACCAGGGAUUUCAUGGCAGUGUUCCCAGACGUUGUCAGGGAUCUGACGGACACCGGCCGUAACUUGGACGUGCCCGAUGUUACCAAGUGGCUUGCCAAGCUGUUGCAAUACAAUGUGCCCGGAGGUAAGAAAAAUCGAGGAUUGGCGUUGGUGUUGUCAUUCAAAAUGCUAUCCUCGCCUGCUGAUCAGACCGAUGAAAAUCUUAAAUUGUCUUAUAUACUGGGAUGGUGUGUGGAAAUUCUGCAAGCCUAUCAAUUAGUGUUAGAUGACAUAAUGGAUAAUGCUAUAACCAGACGAGGACGUCCGUGUUGGUAUCGGCACAACGAUAUUGGUCUUAUGGCAGUGAACGAUGGUGUUCUCCUCGAGCAGGCCAUUUACCAGUUGAUUAAAAAGUACUUCAAGGAUAAGCCUUACUAUACACAUAUUCUGGAGCUGUUCUAUGACGUUACUAUGAAAACUGCGAUGGGUCAGUGUCUUGAUAUGUUAACUGCAAAUAGCUUCAAGUCAAAAAAACUUGAAAAAUAUACCAUGGAAAAUUACACAGCUAUUGUGAAAUAUAAGACUGCUUAUUAUUCAUUUUUCCUUCCAGUGUGUCUCGCGAUGCGCAUGACAAACAUCAGUGACCCAGAAAUCUUUCGACAAGCAAAGACCAUAUUGCUUGAAAUGGGACACUUCUUCCAAGUUCAAGAUGACUUUUUAGACUGUUAUGGAGAUCCAGAUGUCAUGGGAAAAAUUGGCACAGACAUUGAAGAUGGUAAAUGUUCAUGGUUAGCUGUAGUGGCUUUGCAAAAAGUUAAUUCUGAACAAAAGAAAAUUAUGGAGGAUAAUUAUGGUAUUGACGAUCCAGCCAAUGUUGCAGUCAUCAAAGAUUUGUAUGCACAGUUGAAAUUACCAGACACAUUUCAACUCUACGAAGAAGAAAGUUAUAAAUUAAUAUGUACUCAUAUUCAACAGUUGUCACGUGGUUUGUCACAAGACAUGUUUUUUAAAUUCUUGGAAAAGAUUUACAAGAGAACACUCUAAUAAUUUUUAAUUUUUACCAAAAUGCAUAAAUGGGCAUUUACGUAUAUAAAAUAAUAUAAUUAUUAUUAUUUAUUAGUUUUAGCUUAUCAGUAAACAAAUUGUUAUUAUAUAUUUUCAUGUUAAACUUAAGGGUAAUUUUGUGUAACUUAUUAUUAUUUUUUAAAUUGAUAAUUUAUUGUCCCAAAGAUAUUUUUGUCAUUAUUAUUAAAACUUUAAAAAAUUGAAAUAAUAUAUUUUUGAAAAACCAAUAAUGUACUGUUCAAGUCAUAGUUAUAAAAACAUUGUUAUGUUAUAAAAAUGUCUUCUCACAUUUUGAAAUGUUUUAAUAUGAUGUUAAAGUUAUUUUAUACUUGAAUGAUCUAUUAUUGUACAGCUAUUAAUUUAUUUUAUUUUUUUUACUUUAGUAUACAAUCGUUUAUAGCUUUAAUACCAUUAUAUUAUUUUUGGAACUAAUAAAUAAGAAUAACUGUUAAAUGUUGAACAUAUCAAAUAUAGAAUUUUAUAAGACCUUAAUAAAUGUAUCCCAA